AUGUUCAGCGGACUGUUAAAGAAGCCAACAAAUUAUUUUGGUUUGAACAAUUCCAAUUCAAUAAUUCAUGGGUUACAAAACUCUAUGUUUAGACGUUUUACACAUGAAUAUGCCCCAAGAUUUAAGAUUGUUCAAAAAAAACAUAAAGGUCGUGUGCCCGUCCGUAUUGGUGGCUCUGUUAAAGGUUCAACUCUACAAUUUGGUACCUAUGGUAUUAGAUUAAAGACUGAAGGUGUAAGGUUAACUGCUUUACAAUUGAAAGAAGCUGAUAAUGCAUUGAUGAGAUAUGUCAGACCUUUGAAUAAUGGUCAACUUUGGAGAAGAAUGUGUGCAAAUAUUGCCGUUUGUAUUAAAGGUAAUGAAACAAGAAUGGGUAAAGGUAAAGGUGCUUUUGAUCAUUGGAUGGCCCGUGUACCAACUGGUAAAAUUAUUUUUGAAAUGAGUGGUGAUAAUUUGCAUGAAAAGGUUGCUAGAGAAGCCUUUAGAAAAGCUGGGGAUAAAUUACCAGGUGUCUACGAGUUCGUUACCAGGGAUUCUGAUAUUAGAGUUGGUUUACAUUCCACAGUAGAUAAAGAAACUGCAUUGAAAAAAAUUGAUUAUUUUGAAAAACUAAAGAAGAAACCUUCAAAAGAAUACGUAUCUGAAUUAAAGUCAAAGGAGUCUCUUUAUAAAUUAUACAGAGGUCGUUAA